GGGAGGGAGAAGGAUGGGAGGGAAAGUAAAGAAAACAGAAAAGGAGAGGGACAGACAGAAGACUUCUCAUACAAGACCAAGAACAACCAGGCAUGGAGUGCCCCCUUAUCUUUCACCUGUUCUUGCCUCUGAUGUUCCUGACAGGUCUCUGCUCCCCCUUUAACCUGGACGUGCAUCACCCACGCCUGUUCCCAGGGCCAUCAGAGGCUGAAUUUGGAUACAGUGUCUUACAAUAUAUUGGGGAUGGACAACGAUGGAUGCUGGUGGGCGCCCCCUGGGAUGGGCCUUCAGGUGACCGGAGGGGGGACGUGUAUCGCUGCCCUGUAGGGGGCCCCUACAAUGCCCCAUGUGCCAAGGGCCACUUGGGUGACUAUCAACUGGGAAAUUCAGCUCAGCCUGCUGUGAAUAUGCACCUGGGGAUGUCCCUGUUAGAGACAGAUGGUGAUGGGGGAUUCCUGGCCUGUGCCCCUCUUUGGUCUCGUGCUUGUGGCAGCUCGGUCUUCAGUUCUGGGAUAUGUGCCCGUGUGGAUGCUUCAUUCCAGCCCCAGGGAAGCCUGGCACCCACUGCCCAACGCUGUCCCACAUAUAUGGAUGUUGUCAUUGUUUUGGAUGGCUCCAACAGCAUCUACCCCUGGUCUGAAGUUCAGACUUUCCUACGAAGACUGGUAGGGAGACUUUUUAUUGACCCGGAGCAGAUACAGGUGGGACUGGUACAGUAUGGAGAGAGCCCUGUACAUGAGUGGUCCCUGGGAGAUUUGCGAACCAAGGAAGAAGUAGUGAGAGCAGCAAGAAACCUCAGUCGGAGGGAAGGACGAGAAACAAAGACAGCCGAAGCAAUAAUGAUGGCUUGCACAGAAGGGUUCAGUCAGUCCCAUGGGGGCCGACCUGAGGCUGCCAAGCUACUGGUGGUUGUUACUGAUGGAGAAUCCCAUGAUGGAGAGGAGCUUCCUGCAGCACUAAAGGCCUGUGAGGCUGGAAGAGUGACACGCUAUGGGAUUGCAGUCCUUGGUCACUACCUUCGGCGGCAGAGAGACCCCAGCUCUUUCCUGCGGGAAAUUAGAGCUAUUGCCAGUGAUCCAGAUGAGCGAUUCUUCUUCAAUGUCACAGAUGAGGCUGCGCUGACAGAUAUUGUGGAUGCACUAGGAGACCGGAUUUUUGGCCUUGAGGGGUCCCAUGGAGAAAAUGAAAGCUCUUUUGGGCUGGAAAUGUCUCAGAUUGGUUUCUCCACUCAUCAGCUAAAGGAUGGGAUUCUCUUUGGGAUGGUAGGGGCUUAUGACUGGGGAGGCUCAGUGCUAUGGCUUGAAGAGGGACACCGCUUUUUCCCCCCACGAACGGCUCUGGAAGAGGAGUUUCCCCCUGCUUUGCAGAACCAUGCAGCCUACUUGGGUUACUCUGUCUCCUCUAUGCUUUUGCGGGGUGGACACCGCCUCUUUCUCUCAGGAGCUCCUCGGUUUAGACAUCGAGGAAAAGUCAUUGCCUUCCAGCUUAAGAAAGAUGGGGCUGUGAGGGUUGUCCAGAGCCUCCAGGGGGAACAGAUUGGCUCAUACUUUGGCAGUGAGCUCUGCCCAUUGGAUACGGAUAGGGAUGGAACAACUGAUGUCUUACUUGUGGCUGCCCCCAUGUUCCUGGGACCCCAGAACAAGGAGACAGGACGUGUUUAUGUGUAUCUGAUAGGCCAGCAGUCCUUGCUGAUGCUUCAAGGAACCCUUCAGCCAGAACCCCCCCAGGAUGCUCGGUUUGGCUUUGCCAUGGGUGCUCUUCCUGAUCUGAACCAAGAUGGUUUUGCUGAUGUGGCGGUGGGGGCGCCCCUGGAAGAUGGGCACCAGGGAGCACUGUACUUAUAUCACGGCACCCAAUGUGGAAUCAGGCCUCAUCCUGCCCAGCGGAUUGCUGCUGUCUCCAUGCCUCAGGGCCUCAACUACUUUGGCCGAAGUGUGGAUGGCCGGCUAGAUCUGGAUGGAGAUGACCUGGUAGAUGUGGCUGUGGGUGCCCAGGGGGCAGCCAUCCUGCUCAGCUCCAGGCCCAUUGUCCGCCUGACCCCAUCACUGGAUGUGAUCCCACCAGACAUCAGCGUGGUUCAGAAGGACUGCAGACGGCGGGGCCAGGAGGCAGUCUGCCUAACUGCAGCCCUCUGCUUCCAAGUGACUUCUCAUACUCCUGGUCGCUGGGAUCAUCGGUUCUAUAUUCGGUUUGCAGCAUCACUGGAUGAGAGGAUGGCAGGAGCACGUGCAGCAUUUGAUGGGUCUGGCCAGAGGCUGUCUCCUCGGAGGCGCCGGCUCAGUGUGGGAAAUGUCACUUGUGAGGAGCUGCACUUUCAUGUGAUGGAUACAUCAGAUUACCUCCGGCCAGUGGCCUUGACUGUGACUUUCACCUUGGACAAUACCACAAAACCAGGGCCUGUGCUGGAAGAGGGCUCGCCUACCUCUAUACGAACAUUGGUUCCCUUCUCAAAGGACUGUGGCCCUGACAAUGAAUGUGUCACAGACCUGGUGCUUCAAGCUAAUAUGGACAUUAGAGGCUCCAGGAAGGCCCCCUUCAUGGUUCGAGGUGGCCGGCAGAAAGUUCUGGUAUCUGCAACUCUGGAGAACAGGAAAGAAAAUGCCUACAACACUAGCCUGAAUCUCAGCUUCUCUAGAAACCUCCACCUGGCCAGUCUCACUCCUCAGAGAGACAGCCCAGUAAAGAUGGAAUGCACAGCCCCUUCUGCUCAUGCCCGGCUCUGCAGUGCGGGUCAUCCUGUCUUCCAGACUGGAGCCAAGGUGACCAUUCUGCUAGAAUUUGAGUUUAGCUGCUCCUCCCUCCUGAGCCAGGUCUUUGUGAAGCUGACUGCUACCAGUAGUAGCCUGGAGAGAAAUAGGACCCUUCAAGAUAACAUAGCCCAGACCUCAGCCUACGUCCGAUAUGAGCCUCAUCUCCUGUUCUCCAGUGAGUCCACCUUGCACCGCUAUGAGGUUCACCCAUAUGGGACCCUCCCGGUGGGUCCUGGCCCUGAAUUCAAAACCACUGUUAGGGUUCAGAAUCUUGGAUGCUAUGUGGUCAGUGGCCUCACCAUCUCAGCCCUCCUUCCUGCUGUGGCCCAUGGGGGCAAUUACUUCCUAUCACUGUCUCAAGUCAUCACUAGCAAUGCAAGCUGCACGGUGCAGAACCCGACUGAUCCCUUCAGGCCCCCUGUACAUCCAGAGGAGCUUCAGCGCACAAACAGACUGAAUGGGAGCAAUACUCGGUGUCAGGUGGUGACCUGCUACCUUGGGCAGCUGGCCAAGGGGACUGAGGCUUCUGUUGGACUACUGCGGCUAGUUCACAAUGAAUUUUUCCGAAAGGCCAAGUUCAAGUCUCUGACAGUGGUCAGCACCUUUGAGCUGGGAACCAAGGAGGGCAGUGUUCUACAGUUGACUGAAGCCUCCCGUCAGAGUGAGAGUCUCCUGGAGGUGAUUCAGACUCGCCCUAUCCUUAUCUCCCUGUGGAUCCUCAUUGGCAGUGUCCUGGGAGGGCUCCUCCUGCUUGCUCUCCUGGUCUUCUGCCUGUGGAAGCUUGGCUUCUUUGCCCAUAAGAAAAUCCUCAAGGAAGAAAGACGAGAACAGAAGUUGGAGCAAUGAAUAUAGAAUAAGGCUCUAGAAAGGCCUCCCUGGCAGCUUCUUCAAGAGACUUGUAUAAGAGCAGAGAUUUGGGGGCUCAUAUAGGACAAGAAGAAGCCUCUGGACUAUCUCCCCAGACCAGCAGGCCUGACAACUUUUGAGUCACAAGGAUGCUAUUGGCAAGAGAUGAGGCUUUACCUUA